AUGAGCGACCAGCAGACGCCCACGGGAGUGUCGUCCGAAAUUACGAGGAGGAAUAUUCUCGACGCUCUGACGGGAUCCAAAGGAAGCGUGGUGAAAACCGUCGCACAGCAGAAAGUCGAACAAGAAGCCCAGCAGAAGAAGCGCAGGAUGGAGAAGAACCUGGAAGCGUUGGAGGAUCGGCGGGACAUGCUCGUCGAGAAGUUGGAGCGGAUGAAAGGUUCGCUGGAGGAAGUGACAGUAAGUGUCCACCUGCUCAAGCUCUACGAGGAGACGCUGCGGCGUAGCGCGGACGAUUACGACAAAAACUACUCCGACAUCAUCGUCCUGCUGCCAAAGGAAAGAAGAGCCGAGCAGCGUGGGAAGUACGCGGCGUUUGAAAAGCUGCACAGUACCGUGUACGAGAAGUUGCAAGCGAGGAUCGCCGAGUCGGAGCUCACCACGAAGCUGUUGGAACUGCCGAAGGCACCCGCCGCCGCAGUUGCCCCUCCGCAACCUGUCUACAUCAAGCCCCAGCGCCGGUCCCGCACCUGCAAGCUCCGUUCCCUACUUUCAACGGCAAACCGGAGGGCUGCCAUGAAGAUUCUGUACCUCCGAAAUGCGCUCGUCGACGACGCCAAGGACAAGAUCGACCAGGACGUCGUAAAUAAUAACGAUUACGACGCGGCCUGGAGGAUUUUGGAGGACGAAUACGAGGACAAACGCCUCAUUCUGGACACGCACAUCGACGCCAUUCUGGAUUGCCCAAAAGUCGCCAAGGAGACUCGCGGCAAGUCCAUCUCCAAGCUGGUCGAGGUGUGUGCGAAGCACAGUGAAGCUUUGGCUGGUCACGGGUAUCCAGUUGAAGGGCUAGCCGAGCUAGUGAUGGUGAACGUGAUCUACAAGAAGCUCGACAAGGAGACGCAAGAGCAGUGGGAGCUGAAGAUCGGCAGCGGAGCGUUGCCGGAAUUCGAGGAGUUCAUGGAGUUCCUGCGGGAACGUGGGCGUGUUCUGCAGCGCACAAAUCGCUCCCAGCAGCAACCGGCGCAGCAGUCAACAGUGGCCCCAAGCAAGCAACGCCAAGCGUUCGGACAGAAGGCCCAGCCCCUGCUCAAGUCGUUCGUGCAGGCCACAACGGAAGUGUGUGGCCACUGCAAAGAGGAUCACCCGAUCUACCGGUGCUCGACGUUCAGAGACCUGAGCGUACCGGAGCGCAAGUCCGUUGCCACCAAGGCAAACUUGUGUUACAACUGCUUGAAGGCGAGACACCGGGUGAGUGAUUGCGAGUCCAAGACUCUGUGCAAGGUGCAAGGCUGCGGCCGCAAGCACCACAGUCUCCUGCACGACAGUGGUACACGAAGCAACCAAGGUCAAGUUAAGAAGGAAGAAUCGAGCCAGUGCUUGCCAGUGGCACCCUCGGUUCCAGCGGGCGGUCCAGCAACCGCUCCAGCGCAGCAGAGCAGCGCGGUGUCCCUCUGUGCAAACGUCGGCGGUGCGAAGCACAAGUGCUGCUGUCGACGGCGGAAGUGA